AAGAUUUUUUUCUCAAUACUUUUGAAGAAUGUUCCAAAUUGUAAACCAAAAUUUAAGGAAUUUUCUAAAAAUUAUAAAACUAUUCAAAAAUUCUAAAAAAAUAUUUCAAGAAUUCUAAAACAAAUUUAUAUCAAGUAGAAGUGUUGUUUAUACGUAAAUUAUACCAAUUCAUUCAGGCACGUUUAAAGUGCUCUUGUAAAUUAAUCACGUAAGAGAUUCUGUCAAUGAUAACUCGUUUAUAAGUUACUUCACAGUCAUUAUUAAAUCACUUACAAGUCAUUAUCAAAUAUAUAUGUAUAUAUGUACAUAUAUACAGAGACAUAUUAUAUAUAACAAUGAGAACAUUAAACUGCUUCAUAUAAAAUAUUUUUAUAUUUUUGUAGGAAUUCAAGUUUUAGUGACGUUACCUUUAUAGAAAAUAACCAAUUUUUAGGAUGAUAUUGGGUCACGGACGGAAAGACGGACAAAUAUAUAAUCUCCGAGCGGUGUACUUUUACAAAGGAAAAAAUUCGACAACUUAUGUGAAGGGGUACGCCUGUCCGUGACCUAGCACCAUCACCUAAAGCGCAGUGGUGAUCAACUUUAUGACAAAAAGCCAAUCGCAUCGAUAUCUUAAUCAUUUAUUUUCUCAUUCCAUUUAUCAUUCAUUAAUUUUAAUUUGUCCCCUGACAUAACCGCACCGAUACUGUCUGUGUAUUUUCGAAGAAGAGAGAUUAAGUUCUUUUGCAAAUUUAUUAAAAAUUUUUCAUUUGUUCAACAUUUUUAAUUUAAGAUUAGUCGCGCUCAUUUGAUUUGAUUAGAUAAUGCUCGAUCCUUAAAAUUGUCAAAGAGCGAAUUUACAACACGAGACUCGCUUUGCUUCACUUUAAUUUAUAACGGAAACAAUCGUUUUCUCAAAAAGUAUACGACAUAUAAUUCGAGUUCAAAUUAAAAUCUACAUAAUUCUCAACACUGCGAAAUUGCCCACGGGCAAUCACGCCCAUAUUUUUUGUAUCUAAUAACAUAACAAGAGCAAAAAGUAUUACGUAUCUUCGCUGUUACACAUAUGACAUCGCUUAUGCCGAUACGAAAACUUGGAGAAAGUGCGGCCUUGGCGAGUCAGUACAAUAUCAUGGUGAGUUUAUAUAAAUGUAUCAUAUUACGUAAGGAGAGACUUGCAAAGCGAUACAUGAAAAUCGCACCACCUUAUAGGUUCCUUUUUUUCAAACGAAUUAGAUUAAUCUCAUGUUGCGUAUUUAUAUAUAAUAUUAAAACAACAUGCAGCAGUAAUUAACUUUAAUCUCACUUUUUAUUUUCUUAAUAAUAAUUUGAUAAAAGAAGUUAAAAUAAGAUUAAAGUUAAUUUAUAUUUAUAGAAAUAAAUAUAAGAGAUAAACAAUCAUCCAAUUGUAGCAAUUAUAUCCAAAACAGUUUAAGAUUUACGUAACUCAUAAAAAAUAUCAUAAUGUCUGCACUCAGUGCAAGAAAAAGUUAUUGAUUGCAUACAGGAUUUAAUUAUGUGAGUAUUUAUAUUUUUUAGCGCAAGAAAGAUAUUCUAAUAUUUCACUUAUUACGACUAAAAUUAUUCAGAGAAACACAUGGAGAAACGACAAUAACAGAAUCGAUGAUGAAACCGAAAGUACAAGUGCAUCACCAGUGUGUUACCAGUGUGUGUUUAUCUUAUUUGUUAACACUGUAUAUUGGUCGGAUUAUCAAGAAUGAAGAGUAAUUAUUGGCAAUGUCGUACCUUCGAGAUAUUUUUUAAUAAACCGUGUAAUUUAGAUCCGCGAUCUGAAUUUUUCGUAGAGAGCCACGCCCGCAAUUCGUUCGUAUUUCCCCUCGAGCGACUAUUUUACCUCUCCUUUCGCAUGCUCCUUUCUUAAUGAUUUCCCACAAAGAAGUCCCAUAUACAUCUCCCUCUCCCAUCGACCAUGCCCAAUCACCUCGAGCAAGGUAGGUGCCCAAAAUUCGAUUGAACCCCCUACAACUUUACCUGCAUAUAAAUAGUGGCAGACGGCUGCCCAUUUCGGCAGAAACCCAGUAGUUGUUCCACUUCAAACAAGCAAAAUGGUAUUCAAGUUGGUAUUACUCGCAGCCUUCGUUGCGGCAGCAAGUGCCGGUGGGCCAGCAGCCUACGACAUCGGCACGGUGUCCGCCGACCUCGGCAGCAUCGGUUACAGCCAGGAAUCGACGCAGAAGGGUUACGCUGGUCAGAACGUGGUGUCGACGUACAGUCGCGCGGAGGAUUCCGCGCACUCGUCGGUACGCGUGAGCAACAGCCACGUGAGCAACGACGCCCUGCUGGGGCAUCCCGCGAUCGGCUACGGCUAUGCCGCGCCAGCCUUGGCCAAGCCCCUGAUCGCCGCGCAGCCGGUGAUCGCCAAAGCAGCUUACGCCGCCGCCGCGCCGGCCUUGGCGACGUACGCCACUCACCCUGCCCCGGUACUCGCCAAAACCGCGUACGCUGCACCCGCUUACAGCUACGCCGCCGCCGCCGCCGCACCAGCUUACGGAUACGCCGCCGCACCCGCUUACGGAUACGCCGCCGCGCCCGCGCCGAUCUUGGCCGCGAAGGCGGCCUACGCCGCACCCGCUGCCUACGGCUACGCCAGCCCGCUCCUGACCAAGACCUACGGUUACGCCGCCCCGGCCCCGCUCCCGCUCAUUGCUAAGACCGCCGCGUACACCACCUACGCCGCACCGGCGGCAACUCCCCUCGUCGCCAAGGCCGCUUACGCCGCUCCCCUCGUCGCCAAGACUUAUUCCCCCGCGCCGCUCAUCGCCAAGACCUAUGCCGCCCCUUACUCGUACGAAACGGCCGUCGCACCCGUGGUCGCACACGCCACCUUCAGCGGCUUCGGCACUAGCUAUGCCUGGUAAACGCGAUUUCGAAAAGACAUAUCAUUCUCGCCACGACCGCCUCGAUAGUUAUCGUAUUUUCCCCACUGGUACACGCGAAACAUUUUCUACGUAGAUGUGUAUAUAAUAUAUUUAUAUUAUAUAAUUUUUUUAUAUUUAUAUCUCUCACAUUUUAUACACGUACAUAUUCUACCCUAUUCUAUCUUCAACGGAAACAAAAAAAUCUUCAACAGAAUUCCUCACACAAAACUUUCACGUAAAACAUAUUUCUUAAAAUACCUACAUUUUUAUAUAUUAGCCAAUAGGAAUCGUGCUGUAUUAGAAUAUUAAUAAAACGAAUUUGUUAACACACAAA